AUGGAGAGAAUCAAAGAUGUCCUAUCAAGCACCCUAUCAGCUGGAACAGUCACCAAUGAACAAGGAGAGAAAACACAAGAAAUGAAGAAGAUGGAAGAAGAAACAGUGAGUCGGGCUCCAAGUAUGAGUGGAGAUGUGAGUGGAGGAUUGGUCGAGCAUUCAUUUGCGUCGCAACAUGGAUUAGGAAGCAUGAGUGGAGAGCAUGCUGGUUCCGAUAUUCCUCACGGACCAAUAGGAAUGCAAAAUACGAGUAGCAGUGGAAUGAACAAGAAUGAGGAUUUCAAAUAA